CAUGCGGCGCGCGUUCCCGCCGCUCCGCGCGCUCCUCAGGGCCGGCCCCGCGGGGCUUUGCGGGGCACCCGCGGCACCGGGCAGCGGCGGCGGAGCGCUCAGCAUCCUGCCAUCCUUUGGUUUCCUUUUUGACAUCGAUGGUGUCCUGGUACGAGGAAAGACUCCAAUUCCUGCUGCAAAAACUGCCUUUCAAAAGCUGGUUAAUCCUCAGGGCCAGUUCUUGGUGCCUGUAGUGUUUGUCACCAAUGCAGGGAAUUGCCUUCGCCAGGAAAAAGCUGAUCAGUUGUCUCAGCUGCUGGGAGUUCCAAUUUCCCAAGAUCAAGUGAUGAUGUCACACAGUCCCCUGAGGAUGUUCAAGCAUUACCAUGAAAAAUGUGUUCUUGUGUCUGGACAAGGACCCCUUCUUGAUAUUGCUCAAGACCUGGGUUUCUGCCAGCCCAUUACCAUUGAAACCUUGCGGGAGAAACACCCUUUGCUGGAUGUAGUUGAUCAUGACAGGAGACCUGAUGUUCUGUACCCCUCUGCUGUGGAGCUUCCCAAGAUUGAGGCUGUUGUUUUGUUUGGGGAGCCAGUCAGAUGGGAAACCAACCUCCAGUUGAUCAUAGACGUUUUGCUGACAAGUGGCUAUCCUGGAAAUCCAUAUCACCAUGAAAAUUAUCCUCAUAUUCCAGUACUUGCUUGUAACAUGGAUCUGAUGUGGGUGGCUGAAGCUCAGUCUCCAAGGUUUGGGCACGGCACCUUCAUGGUUUGUUUGGAGAACAUUUACAAGAAGAUCACGGGCAAAGACCUGAAGUACGAGGCCUUGAUGGGCAAGCCCAGCCAAGUGACCUACCAGUUUGCAGAGCAGCUCCUGAGGGCGCAGGCAGCCCGGCGCCGCUGGGGACAGCCCAUCCACACCCUCUAUGCUGUCGGAGAUAAUCUCAUGACUGAUGUCUACGGUGCCAACCUUUACAACCGCUACCUUGAAGAGAACUCCAGGAAAGGUUCAAAAUCACGGGUUCAGGCCCAAGUUGCUGGUGGCAGAGGAUCUGCCUCUCUCUCUCAGGUCAAUGAAAUAGACAACAGCUGGGAGAAUGAAUUAGCUUCUGCAGCUGCUGCCCACUGUAGGUCCAUUCUUGUUUGUACUGGGGUUUACAACCCUCACACAGAGGUACCCCUGGAUACCGGAGAGAGAAUAACUGAAACUGUGUUCCAUGGCCACAGAGAUUUUAGAUUUGACCCUGGUUUAGUAGAACCAGAUCAUAUUGUGCCAGAUGUUGAUGCUGCUGUAGACCUGGUCUUCCAGCUGGAGAACUUUGCACCUAAUUGAGAUGACAUGUUUUAUUCAGGAAUGAUCAGUGCUGUGCUUCCCAAAAAAAUCAAACUGUGCUUUAAAAUCAUGCCACAAACUGCUGCUUUCUGAAAUGUUUAGCUUUUAAAUUAAUGUGAUACCAAGUCUAUUUAUUAAAAAUAUACUUAGGUAUAUUAAUAUACUUCGUGCAAGUAUAUUAAGUAUCAAUAAUGCCUUUCAGAGUAUUUUGAAAUAUGUUAUUUCUUGCUUUUAUUGUCCUGUAUUCUACUUCUGUUCAUUAUGUGAUGUGUUUUAAUUGAUUUUUUUUAAUAAUAGCUUAUGCUUGUUACUGGUAUUUGGAUUCCCCCAUGACAGGACAUUCUUUUGUUUGCUCAAAGAUUUAACUUCCAGGUGUUGGGGAUCUUGAGGAUCCCUGCUGGGGGUGCUGGGGUCACUUGCACAGUUCCAGGUUGGCUGGUGCAGAGCACAGCAAGUGUUGCUGCUGGGUGUUCUGCAAGCAAGGAGUGCCCUUUCAAAUCAGAGUCAAGCUCUGUUCUGCUGCUUUGUUCUUGCUCAUGUGUCACCCUGCAGCCUUUCUUCCCAUCUCUUUUCCCUGUGCCUGGAGCUGCUAUUGCUUUGCUCUGCUGACACGUGAAGCCUUAAUGGAAAUGCCCAUGGAAGGUGGAAGAGGCCAACUUGUUAACGCCAGCCAACUUUGGAACUCCAACCAAGCUGAGAAGGAAGUGGAUAACAGUGGCAUAAUGCCUACCCUUUUGGGUCUUUGCCUUUUUAUCUGCACUUUUUUGAGGAAUUUAGAAUCUUAAGACAACUUCAUAGAAUCAUUAAGGUUGGUAAGGGAUCUUAAAAGAUCACCAAGCUCCAACCCCCCUGCCACGAGCAGGGAACCACCAGAGCAGGCUGCACAAAACCUCAUCCAACCUGGCCUUAAAAUCCUCCAGGGAUGGGGCAUCAACAACCUCCCUGGGCAACCCAUUCCAGUUCCUCACCACCCUUAGAGUGAAGAAUUUCUUCCUCAUAUCUCACCUAAAUCUCCCCUCUCUCAGUUUAAAACCAUCACCCCUUGUCCUAUCACUAUCUUCUCUGAUGAAAAGCCCCUCCCCAGCUUUCCUGGAGCCCCUUCAGGCACUGCAAGCUGCUCUGAGGUCUCCAAUUAAGCAAUUGCUUUAUGCAUUUCUGUCAGUUGGACUUUUCCACUGAAUGAGUGAGUGACCACUGUUUGGGUAAAAAGUGCCUAGUAAUUUACUUGAAGCUUCACAGCACUGUGGUAAUUAACCAGCCUUUAGUGCAAUAUAUUUCAUUCCGUGUCAAUGUUAUACCUUGUUUGGUGCAUGGAUUUUAUAGCUGUUCAUUUAAAAAAAAAAAGAAGUAAUUUAUGUAGUUAUUUUUCUAAAAUACUUUAAAAUGUUUUCAUUCAAAAGAUGCCUUUGAGAAAAUAUUGUUGUGUUACUUUGUUAUAACACAGUAUGUGGUGGACCUGUGAUGUAAGCUUAGAAGACAUAAGCCAGUUAAGUGUGUUUAGGCACAAGGUCAAUUUACACAGAAAGGUCACUUAACAUCCCCAUGGGGGCUGGUCAGGUUUUUAUGGUUUUGGUUUGUUGUCUUGUUUCAAGUUAGGAAUUGUACAAACAAAAUUCUGUGUGUCUUUGGUUUCCCCAAGUCCUCGCAGAAAGCUUUGGUGGCAUAAAGUGAAAGGACUUCUUCACUGCUUCUUAUCCUGAAAGGAAAAUCUGAAAACUCCUGUCGUGAAGAGGACAUGGCUGCUGUGAAGUCAGAGUUUUUUGGUUGUGUCUCCUCCAUUUGCAAACCAGUGUGACCACCUCUCUCUGCUGUUUCAGGUUUGUUGGUUCAGUCCCUCAUCAUGUAGCUUUCAGCGUGCCCUGCUGGAUCCACUUGAAGGACACUGCUCUAAACAGUGCAUUUCCUUUUUCUUCACUGGGGAAGCAUUUCAAGCAGCAUGUCCUUGCCUUUUUAAAUCAUUACAAUGAACAGAUACAUACACCUGUUUCUUCAGCACUUGUCUGUACUGCGCAGAUUGUUUGCAAAGUUUGCCAAAUCUUUCUAAGUAAAGACUUGUGAAAUGUUGGGGUGACCCAAGUUAUGUUGUUUCAGUACUGAAGGACGUUGCAGAGCUCUUCAGCUCUUACUGGAAGUGGUUUCAGGCUGUCAGUGAAGCAAGGAAUAAAAAUGUACAGGUUGAUUAAGAACAGAAAA